UGGGAAUACCCUCUGAGCUGCUGUGGCAGUCUUGCCGCGUCACUGGGAUGCGGUCGCCGGAGCCGGGCGUCUAGCCUACCGUAUUCGCUCCUAUGCCCACCGCCGAGAGGGACCACUCGACAUUUCCUCCGCGCGGCGAAGAUGACGGCUCCGUCCAACCAGACGCACGCGUCGCCGCACGCGUCGCCGCACGCGACGCCGCAGCAGCGCUUCUUGGUGUUGUUCGACUUUGACGAGACGAUCAUCAACGAGAGCAGCGACGACGCCGUGCUGCGCGCUCUGCCGGGCCAGCGGCUCCCCGAGUGGCUGCGAAACAGCUACCGGGAGGGCCACUACAACGAGCACAUGCAGAAGGUCCUGGUCUACAUGGCGGAGCAGGGCGUGUCCGAGGACUCCAUCCACUCGGCGGUGGAGAAGAUCCCCCCCGCGCCCGGCCUGCUCAGCCUCUUCCAGUACCUGCAGGGCCACCGGCAGGAGUUCGAGCUGGCGGUGGUCUCCGACGCCAACAUGUACUUCAUCGAGAAGUGGCUGGAGGGCGCCGGCGUGCGCCACCUUUUCGCCCAGAUUUUCACCAACCCGGCCAGCUUCGACGCCUCCGGCCGCCUGGUGCUGCUGCCCUUCCACUCGCACGCGUGCUCCUGCUGCCCCGACAACAUGUGCAAGCAGGUGAUCCUGCGGGAGUAUCUCGCGGGCCGGCAGAAGGAGCGCGGGGGGGCUCCGUUCCAGAGGGUGUUCUAUGUCGGAGACGGGGCCAACGAUGUGUGUCCCUCCCUGGCUCUGGGGCCCCGGGACACGGCCUUCCCCAGGAGGGGCUUCCCAAUGCACAGGCUUCUGCUGGAGAUGUCCCAGGAGGCCGGGCUGAAGGCAAACAUAGUUCCUUGGGUUAGCGGCGAAGACAUAGUGGACAGCCUGAAGGAAGUAGUGGAGGAAAGAUGAGAUGUGUGUGUGUGUGUGUGUGUGUGUGUGUGUGUGUGUGUGUGUGUGUGUGUGUGUGUGUGUGUGUGUGUGUGUGUGUGUGUGUGUGUGUGUGUUCCUAAUUCAGGAAAAUAUUUUUCUGAUUGGGGAAAAGAAAUCUGUUCCCAUCUGAAAAAGCAGACUUUUAGGUCAUUGUUGAAGGUUGGGGAGAGCGUGAGGUCUCAACGAGUUUUGGUUAGUGUGAGGAUGACACUGAAAGGAGGAAAAAGUAAAUCCCAAAACGUUAUCUAAGUAAAUGUGUGCGCGUGGGUUUGUGUGAAUGAGAGUGGUAAUGAUAUGGGAAAAUAUAGCACGACCCCCCAGUCCUGGCAAACCACAACAUGCAUGAUUUUACCCCAACAACACCGAUCAAUAGAAAUUGUGGAGUCAAUUAUUGUGAUGUCCGCCCAAUAAAUACGUGGCUGAUGUCAGCAGGUUGUUAGGUUAGCUUAGCAUAAAGUUUGCCAAUGGGGGGGGUGGG